GCAUGUAGCGCCCCUCAAUCAAUCAACAGAAGGAACUGUCAGAUCUGAACCCCUCCCCCCUUCGACCCCGCUUCAUCGGUACUCCUUCAUUCCUCGGAACGCCCAUUGUGACGAACGCCGCGGCGGGGUGUGCUCUGGACUGCCGCCUCGAUCGCAGAUAUGCCCUGGCGGCCUCUGCCUCGAAUCGCUUUCGCUGUCGCUAUCUACCCAUUUCAGCCGACUACCCCGGCCGAUCUGCCUCUGGAGCUUGGUGAUGAGCUGUAUAUAAUUGAACAAGGUGGCGCCAAUGGGGAAUGGUGUCGUGGUUACCUCGUCGCGCCGCCAUCCUUGUUGGCGGGCUUGACGAGCUCCAAGGGUCAAACCCUAGAGGCGAGAGUAUUCUCUGGAAUCUUUCCCCGGAAUUGUGUCGAGAUCCGUGAAGUGCUAGGCGAUGGAGAGAAGACAAUUACCAAUGGCGACCGGUCGAGUGUCGCCUUCACGGUUCCGGAGGGAGAUGUGCGCCAUAGCAUGGCCUCCUUCCAAGAUGAUGACCACGCGUUCGGGGAAGUAUCCAACGUCGUAAUCGCGAAAAAAGGAAAGCCGUCUCAGAUUUUCAUUCAGAGGCUGGACGAAGAUGGGCGCGGAAGCCCAGCCAGCCCGCGCUCCCCUCAGAACUUCCUUCGGACGAAUUCAAUGCCGCUCGCCCCCAUCAACGUGGCCCCUCGAGACCCCGACGCACCCAAACCAGCCGCGCCUGUGCCAAUGCUCAAGAUUGGCGAUGAAACACCCACCUCGCUCUCCGAGCCACUCGUCGACGAGAUUGCUUCUUGCCUACGCGAAUGGCAUUCCACCAAUCUACAUCAGUUAUUGCUCUCCCGCCAGUAUGUUACGGUAGAGGAGAUGACGAAGAUCGUCGAGGAACUCGAUUUCGCAAGGCGCCAGCUGCUGUAUAAUGUGCUCACCGCACAAGAGAAGGAUGCGCUGCGGCAGGAAGUAGUCUGGAAACUCGUUCGCGGAAACAAAGCGCUGGGGGGCGAGAUCAUUGUGAGAGAUCCUCAGCAAAGAGGGCGUCUGCUCACUGGGGAGGAUUCGGCCGUAGAACUGGCUCGGCUACAAUCCGAAAUGAGCAUGCUCGACAGCAGUCCCAUGCAGCAAUCAGACGCCGCUGCGCUCCAUCAUUUGAUGCUCGAAGUCAAUGCCGUCUCUGGACAUGCGCCCGGGCCAGUAACUUUGGCUGUCUACUUGUGCUCGCAGUCGGAGACGGGAGCUCUCACACCCCUUUCUGAGACGUACAUCUUGGACAUUCCUUCGCCCGAGAAGUUUGCAAGUAUGGGACAGAGCGCCAAACUGAAAACGCUGUUCACCGACUUGAGCAGCACGGAUAUUGGCGACAGCGCUGCAAACGGCCCGAGACUCUACAUGGUCGUCAUGGUUCGCGCCCCAGAAACUGCAUCAGUCGUCAGCAGCGCCGCCGCCGCCCAGCCGAGGACGUCUAUUUCGCGGGACAGCUCUCCUGGUAACAAGCAGCAAAAUGGGAUUAACCAAUCAGUCAAGGGGAGUCUCAGGACUCGCCGCAGUAUGAUGUGGACCUCGAAGCCACGCGGUAUCACAAGUCCCGAACAAGGAAAGGAGCCGAGUAAAGCUCCGCCUCCGUCAUCUGGAAGUAAUACAAGUGCCAAGGAAAAGUCUAGCAGCCAGCCGGUUAAAGAAUCGACUCAGCUUCGGACGGUAGGAGUGGGUUUCCUCGAAGUUUCUCAGAUCCUGCGUCAGGAAAAGGACACGGAGCAGGUGAUCAAUAUCUGGUCUCCAUCUGAGGACGGCGAGGAUAAAGAGGGACGAGAUGAUGGUUUCGAUGGCGUUGUUCGCACAUUACUUCCAAGCCCUACUGGCAAGUAUGUGCGCUCUCAACGAGCUGCUCGUCUGCAUUUCCACCUCUACCCCUAUGUGGACCCCGACGCAGAUAGCCUGGUCCGGAAAAAUCCCACAUCGUUGCACAAUGUCGUUCAGACGAGGAGGAUGGGCUUCUCUCAGGCCCCAACAAAACCUCGGUCGGAUAUUUACGUGACAAUCUCCCACGCGACGUUUCCUCCAGAAGCACUGCUUUCGCAUCCGCAAUCCGGUCAAGUUCCGGUUCCAGGGCAUACAGGACUCCGUAACCUGCAACUAACUCUGGAGGUCCGCACAUCGUCGGGGGCGCGCGUUGAUCGGUGCGUUGUCCCCGCGUCCAACCAUGCAGCACAGACAGCAUGGCGCACCACAGUAGCCGAUCGGGGUUCGCCUUGGAACCAAACCAUUCGUCUCAACAUCCCCACCGAUCAGAUCCCUGGAUCGCAUUUGAUCAUGAGUAUUGCAGAUGCGCCCGAGUUUCCCUUUGCGCUUGCCUGGAUGCCACUGUGGGACAACCAGGCCUUCAUGCGCGACGGCCCUCAUUCGCUCCUGUUGCAUGCCUACGAUAAGCAUACGUCGCAUAUCGAGAAUGGCAAGGGAGCUUAUCUCUCUCUACCAUGGAGUUCGCUGGGCAAGAAUGAGUCAGCGAAAGACGAGGCAAUCACCGGUCCUUUGGCUACCCUGCGAUUGGAUACGCAUCUCUGCAGCACGGAAUAUUCACAGGAUCAGGUGAUACUCGGCCUUCUGAACUGGAGGGAACGACCUGUGAACGAAGUAUUAGAUACCCUUAAGCGUGUGCUUUUUGUCCCGGAGAUCGAGAUUGUGAAGCAGCUCAGCAGCGUCUUGGACUCCCUUUUCGGGAUCUUGGUGGAAAAUGCAGGCAAUGAAGAGUACGAGGACUUGAUUUUCAACGAUCUCGUGACUGUUCUUGGUAUUGUUCACGACCGACGGUUCAACCUGGGCCCGUUAGUUGAUCACUACGCUGAUAAUCAAUUCAACUUCCCCUUCGCUACGCCGUGUCUCGUCAGAAGCUAUCUACGUCUCCUUCAGGCCAGUUCCGAUGCUCAGCAGUCGCGGAAUCUCCGUGCAACGUUCAAGGUAGGACGCCAUGUCCUCAAGUUCAUCAUCAAUGCCCGUCUGCAGCAGAAAGAGAAAGAGGAAGGUAUUGGCAUCACUAGAGUACAGUCGACGUUUAACCGGGAUCUGCAUACAAUCUUCAAGUCGCUCGAGGCUCUAAUGAAAAACCCUUCGCCUGCGAUGGUGGGGAACAAAACCCUCGUGGUUCAGCAUUUCCACACCUGGCUCCCAGAGCUCUCGAAAGUACUCAGUCGUGAUGAGGCGAUCAUGAUCGCACUCAGCUUCAUCGACUCAUGCAAGGAUGUCACGGGCAUGCUGAUUCUCUAUAAGCUGGUUCUCAUCCAACACUACACACGGCUAGAGAUAUUCGGCUCAGGAUCGGAGCGAAAGAGCCUGGUGUCCAGCUGUAUCAGCUGGUUGGCACCCUACUGGGGUGCGACAGGUUCUGUAUCGGACCUCUACCGCGACCAGGUCCGGUUGUGUUGCGCGAUCGUGGCGGAGCUGUUGAAGCAACCAGACCCGUUCCUGUACGAGUUCGUGCCGAAGAUUGUGUCCUCAUACUAUUCCAUCAUCCCUGACGGUGUUGAGGAGACAACCUACCUUUCUUUGCUCUUCAGCAAAACAUUCCCGUUCCAGGUGAAAUCCUCCAAGCACUCUCAAAAAUUCGACGAAGCGCUGGUGGAGCUGUCCGCAGUUCUGGCUGGAGCGGCGACAAUACCCAACCCCAAGCGGCCCCGGCUGAAGGGCCUAGAGCUCUCCAGUUUCCUUACACAGGCAUUCGAAGUACAUACUUCGAUCCUCAACUGCGAAGCGUAUCCUGAAAGCUGGUUCAGCGUUCAUGUCUACAACCACCGGGCGACUGUCAAGAGUCUGGAGUAUCUGGCAACCAUCUUGACCAAUAAAUUCCUUCCAUCUCCGGAUGAUGCGGAGACGUUCGAUACGAGACUAUGGGAGACAUUCUUCAUGACUUUGCUCAAGGUUGUCUCGAGUGAUGCUCUUGCUCUUGAGACCUACCCCGAGCAGAAGCGACGCGCCAUCUGGAAGAUCGCGGGCGAUGUCCGGGAACAGGGUGCGGACUUGCUACACUCCAGCUGGGAAUCAAUCGGCUGGGAAACCACUGAUGAGGAGAAAGAACAGUACGGGUUGAGUCGGUUGGGCGGCUAUCAGGUGCAGUAUGUUCCUGGCCUGGUAGCACCCAUAAUUGAGCUUUGUCUCAGUGUCCACGAAGGACUACGGCACGUGGCCGUCGACAUCCUACGGACGAUGAUUCUGAGCGAAUGGAGUCUGAACCAGGAUCUCUCUAUAAUCGAAACGGAGGUUAUUUCCAGCUUGGACAACCUCUUUAAGAGGAAGAACAUGAGCGAAAGUGUUGUGCAGAAACUAUUCAUCGCUGAGCUGUCAGAUCAUUUUGAAAGCUCCGCAGACUACGACGAAGACCUGUCCAAUGCGGUCAAGGCCCUGAUUGCGACGGUGGAUGAGCUGCUCGACCUCUUCGUGGCCUCUCAGGGAGGCUCGAUGGCCGAGAGCCUACACACUCUUCGGUUGAUGAAGUACAUGAAAGACAUGGGUCGUGAAGAUAUCUUCAUCCGCUACGUCCACGAGCUCGCUCAGGUGCAGGCUGCAGCAGGAAACUUCACCGAGGCCGGCCUGGCCCUUCAAUUCCAUGCCGAUCUAUAUGAUUGGGAUCCGAAGCGGAUGUUGCCUGAGCUGCUCAACCCGCCUUUCCCAGAACAGACUUCUUUCGAGAGAAAGGAAGCCCUUUACUUUGCGGUUAUUCAACACUUCGAGGACGCCAAAGCCUGGGCACAUGCACUGGUGUGCUAUAAGGAACUCGCGCAGCAGUACGAAGACAUUGUGGUGGAUUUUGCCAAGCUCUCACGAGCACACGGCUCCAUGGCCAAGAUUUACGAUCUCAUCUCAAAGGAAAGCAAGCAGUUCCCGCGGUACUUCCGUGUGCAAUACAAGGGACUCGGGUUCCCUACCACUCUUCGUGACAAGCAAUUUAUCAUUGAGUGUGCACCGACGGAGCGUAUGGUCUCUUUCAUUGACCGUAUGCAGCGAGAGCACCCGGCUGCGCAGGUCGUGUCUUCCGGAGAAGUGCAUGAUUACGAGGGCCAAUACCUGCACAUCAAUCCUGUCAGUGUUCAUCGCGACGUGGAUCAUCCGGUCUACCAACGUUCGAAGAUCCCGCAGUCCGUUCGAGACCAUCUUCUGGUGUCGGAGCCCUGUCACUUCAGCUCAACCUUACGAAAGCACGUUCGUGACGUGGAUGUCAAGGAGCAGUGGGUUGAGAAGACGGUUUAUACCACUGCAGAGCCUUUCCCGAACAUCCUCCGCAGAAGUGAGGUGGUUGAGGUGAAGGAAGUUGCACUGUCGCCUUUGCAUACGGCGCUCGAACGGACGUGGCGCAAGACACAUGAGCUGUCCAUGUUGCAGCGUCGGGCGGCCUCCGGGGAGGACACAGGCUUUAACAACCUCAGCGAGGCUUUGGAACAGUUGCUCGACCUUCACGCAGCCACCCCCAACUGCGUUGCUGCUUAUCGCCCUUUCUUGUCUGAUGCGCAUGAAGAGGAGGAGGGUGGCCUAGUGACACCGAAGCCGGUCGAUCCAAUGAAGAAUGCACUGGCAGUGGCCCUCAUCGACCAUGCCUUGGCUAUCAAGCAAGCGCUGGCCUUGUACCACCGGCCGGCGCAUCAGGCUACGCAAGCCGAGUUGACGCGCCGUUUUGAAGAGGCAUUCGAACCGGAAAUCUCUUCGCUCCGUCCGGCAGAAAUUGAACAGACGCCUCAGUGGCCUCGGCGUAGCACUCCGGAGUCCAUCAAGGAACGCCAGAAGCCGCCUGCGUCGCGGGCGCUCAGUCCCGAGCAGGAACUGAUUCGCUCUUCGCGGAAGAUCCAUAGUCGCAAGCACUCUGCCAAGCAGUCUGUCAGUCACCGGAUCAGUGUCAUGAACCCUUUCAAGCGCGGCAAUCACGCGGCGAGCAAUUCGGUGUCUACUGUGCAAGAAGAUCCAAAGCCGCAGUCGGAUACCAAGGCCAAUGGCACAACUACAGAGGAGCACGUCAACGGGGAGGUCGAUCAGGAUGAUGCAGCCACCAUUCACAGCCGGACAACUACUCAGUCGCGAGACACCCAUCACAAGAGACGGAGCCGAUUAGGCGAUGUGCUACACAAGCACGCAUCGUCAUUGUCGAUAAGCGCCAGCGCGACUGAAGAGAGCCAGAGCCAGAAGAAGCAACGGACAAGAAGUGCUUCUCGCGACACGGCAGGCAAGUCGCACGACAGCGUGAGUCGGACCACCUCCCACACGAAUGGGACAUCUGCGGACGAUCGGCCAUCCGUGAGCAGCCCUAAGGGCGGAUGGUCGACGAUUCCUUCGAUCACCGACUACCCCCGGCCGGUGACGCGGAGCAGUGUCAAUUCUGUUCGCAGCCCUGAGUUGAUGAGUCCGGUCAGCCAGAGCGGCGGCAUGCGCGACUCCGUGUUCAAGCGGUUCAGUCUGCUCAAAGGGGUCAGUCGCAAGGGUAGCCGCUUAGAUUUCCGGACGGAGACGCCCGUGCGUGAGGAGUGAUACCUCGCGGACUUCUUUUUUUUCUUCCUGAUAAUGUCUGGACAUUCAUCAUUUUUGCAUUCUAUUUCAUUCAGCGUCGACAUCGGCAUUGUCUUGCAUUGCAGCGUGGAAUCCGGCCGGUUGCACAGUCAUUAUACUUCACUUCUCUGGUUGGACAUUAUUACAUUUUAAAGCACUUUCAUUUCUUGACAUAUCCAGGCAUGAUAUACCUUUUUUAGUGAGAUACCUACUUCCCUUCUCUCCCUUCUGUUGGACAUCUCGUUUGUUGGACUGUACAUGUAUAUUAUUAUGCCAUAUCGGUGAUUGUACAGGUA